UUGCUAACAAAAAAUAAAAACUUAUACACUGCUAUAGAAUAUCAAUACAGUAAAUAUAUCGCUGUAUUAAUAUUUUCUCACUCCCAAAAUAAGUUACAAAGAAGCAAGGUCACAAUGACAGAUUCAGAUGACUCAGAUGAAGACUGGCCAAAGACUGUAGUGGCCAGACUGGAGAAGAUGACUGAUGCUGCUAUUGAGCGAGUUUACAAUAAGUACUCUCGAAUCAAGCACACACAAGAUUCAUCUGACCUGAAGGCAUCUGACAAGAAACAGGACUGCAUCUCUGAGCGCCAGCGUGUUUUACUGGAGGGAGCUCUGGUUAUGAGCAGGUCAGAGAUAAAGAUGCUGGACACCGCAAUUGUAGCCAAGUGUCGUCAGCUGGACAUCCUGGAACGGCAUAUUGAGACAGAGAAUUACGGCUAUGAAGAAUUUGUCAAGUUGUUUGAAGAAAAAGCAGCAAAAACCCGACCUUUCCUUGAACAGGAAACAAAGUCCAAACAGGUGGAGGAUGCAGUGAUAGAGAGGCUAUCUAAUACUGUCAGCACCCUCAAAAGGGAAGGAGAUGAUGCUGCGCACGUCAAUGAAACCUGUGUAAGAAGCAGGGACGUUCUAGACCGAAUGCUCCCUCAGAAUCCACAGAACAUAGAACUGGGUACGUCAGAAGCUCAUGUCCCACCUGAGGAAAAUAAACAGUGUGAAGGUUCGCCUGAGAGCGGAGACAAGGCUGAUGGCUCAUCUGAGAAAGAUGAUCAGGACAAGAAGGAUGAUCAGGUUGAAGAAUCACCUGACACCAAAUAUCAGGGUCUGAACCCAGUUGAUAAAGAUAACUCACCUGAAGAUCAGGGAAAGGACCAGACUGGGAAUGAAGCUGAGGACAAAGACCUACCUGACAAAGUUGACGAGGAGAAGAGUGCAGCUGAGAAAGAUGAUGUUGGUACUGAUGCAGCUGAGAAAGAUGAUGUUGGUACUGAUGCAGCUGAGAAAGAUGAUGUUGGUACUGAUGCAGCUGAGAAAGAUGAUGUUGGUACUGAUGCAGCUAGGAAAGAUGAUGUUGGCACCAAUGCUGGUACUGGAACUGAGAAAGAUGAUGUUGGUACUGAUGCAGCUGAGAAAGAUGAUGUUGGUACUGAUGCAGCUGAGAAAGAUGAUGUUGGUACCAAUGCAGCUGAGAAAGAUGAUGUUGGUACCGAUGCUGGUACAGAAGCUGAGAAAGAUGAUGUUGGUACCGAUGCUGGUACAGAAGCUGAGAAAGAUGAUGUUGGUACCGAUGCUGGUACAGAAGCUGAGAAAGAUGAUGUUGGUACCGAUACAGCUGAGAAAAAUGAUGUUGGUACCGAUGCAGCAGAGAAAGAUGAUCAGGAAGAGCAGGAUUCUACAUCUUCUGCAGCUGACUGUAAUACACUCCUCACCAAUCCUCAACUAGAAACAGACACAGUAUAUGAGAGGCUGCUGCCUUAUAUGUCCAAUUCCCAGAAACUACGGGGACUUUUGAAGGAACUAAAUGAGCAGAACCUUUCCCUGAUUAAGGGAUGGAUAGAUGAAGAGAGGGAUGAGCUUGUCCAAUCACUAUCGCCUGAGGAUAGCCACAUGCUUAAGUCUAAGGUCAUGGAGUACAUCAACAGUUUUGAAAGCUUCAGAAAUGAUUCAACACUCAGUGACUCAGACAAAGAAAUGACACCACAGGAACAGGAUGCUGUGCUAGAGGCUUUGGGCCAGAAUGUGGCAGACGUCUAUCCGUCCUGUGUAGGCAGCCAGGGUGAAACUGACAGUGUUCUGGAAAAGCUUUCAGUGAUGGAGAAGCAUAUGUUGUUAUUGGUACAACAGCUUGAAGACAAGCGCAGACUAUAUGAAGAAGAAAUGCAACGUGAGAAAGAAAAGCAGCAGCGUGAAAAAGCAAAGAAGAACUUACACAGGUCCCUGAGUGCACCACCAAAAAAACUUGGGAAAAAGCCAAUGAUCAAAUUCAAACGUGCCACUCCAAAGGUUGCACCAAUUCCAGAAAUGUCUGCUGAAGACAAACCGAUUUGAGGUUUCUCUUGA